AGGUACCCACCGCAGGUCAUGGAGAAGGCGCUGGAAAUGGCCGAAGGCAUCCAAGUGACCGGCGCGCCCGUCCGCACCACGAGAGAUGAACUGGUUGCCAAGGUGAAGAAAAGAGGCAUAUCAAGUAGCAAUGAAGGGGUAGAGGAGCCCUCCAAGAAGAGAGCUGUUGAGAAAAGCAGAGAUUCGAAGGAUACUGGAAAGGAUGUGAAAACAACCAAGGCAGAAGCCGCGAAGGAAACAGAGAUCACAUUGCCAAAAAAGCAGGAAAAAGUUACUAGCAAAGAUCCAGAAAGCGCCCAGUCAACUUGCAGUUCAAAUCAAGAAAUGGUCACAGCAUCAGACAUAGAAACAGAAGGAAAACCUGCUAGUGCUGAAAAUACCACUGAGCAGAAUCCACCUUCAUCUGAAAAAGAGUCAGGAGAGAAGCCAUGCUCAAAUCCACCUAAGGAAAGCAAGUGUGAAAACGUGCCCUCACCUGAAAAGAAAACUACAGUAAGUGCAGUGGCACCGGCUGCCAAGAGCAUCUCGCAGGCAGAGGCAGUGCCUGCAGCAGUGGUGCCGCCGACCACCAAGAGCACCCUGCAAACAAGUGCUACAUUGCUGUCUUCCAAAAACCAAGUGAGUGCCCCAGCGUCAGUGUCCAAGAGCGGCGCUCAGGCAGGCAGCUCGCUGCUCCUGGCUCCCAAGAGUGGCACUCAGGCAGGCACCUCACUGUUGCUCGCCUCCAAGGGAACUGCUAAGGCGGGCUCCUCGCUCCUGGCCUCCAAGAGCAGUGCCGAGGUGGCUGCCUCCUUGUUGGCCGCUCGGAGCGGCGCUCAGCAGGGAUCCUCGCUGCUGACUUCCAAGAGCAGCGCUCAGGUGGCUGCUUCGCUGCUGGCCGCUCGGAGCGGCGCUCAGCAAGGUCCCUCGUCACUGGCCUCUCGGGGUGGAGCUCAGGCAGGUGCUUCCCUGCUGGCCUCCAAGGCUGGCACGCAGGCAGGUUCACCACAGCUUGCCUCCAAGAGUGGCUCACAGGCAGGGGAAAGCCCUGCAAAGGCUUUGGGCAAACCGUUAACCAGUGAGGAUGCAAAGGAAAGACAGCCGUUUUUCAACAGACUGUACAAAGCUGUAGCCUGGAAACUGGUGGCUGUUGGAGGCUUCAGUCCUAACGUAAAUCACGCAGAACUUCUAAACUCAUCUAUUCAGUCUGUAAAAGCUACGUUAGAUGUUGCUUUUGUUCCACUGAAGGAACUUGCAGACUUGCCUCAAAACAAGAGCUCUCUAGAAAAUAUAGUUUGCGAACUGAGGUGCAAGUCUGUCUACUUGGGUACUGGCUGUGGUAAAAGUAUGGAAAAUGCCAAAGCGGUUGCUUCAAGAGAAGCUCUGAAAUUAUUCCUCAAGAAGAAAGUUAUCGUUAAGAUAUGUAAAAGAAAAUACAAAGGUAGUGAAAUCGAAGAUUUGGUACUUCUGGAUGAAGAAUCAAAACCUUCAAAUUUACCUCCAGCUUUAAGAAAUCCUCGUGAGAUCUUGUAGGGGAGAAUCGCUGUUUGUACCGUGUAUAGUAUUUCGACACAAGGACUGAAGGUUAAUUUUGUACUUUAAAA